GAAACCUAUAUUUUUUUAUAAACCAGAUGAUUUCACAACAUUUCCAUUGAUGGAUGGUCGGAUUUGAUUUCUAAAAAAAUGGCAAUGAUAGAGAAAUUGAUUCUUGUAUCUUCGCUCGCAACAUUUAUAUGCCACUCUGCUACGACAAGUGGAAAUUCAUGUCCUGAUGGCUACGAUCUCAACUAUACCCUACCGAUGUUUGAGAGGUGUGAGGCGAAGAUGGUUAAUGGUAGCCUGGUGCAGCUCAUCCCUAAGCUCAUUCCUCGGCGACUCGGCGCUCAGAGUUGCAACUACGGACGACGUCACGACGGUGUCCCGGCGGGUUAUCGUAUUUGCCGUGUUCCCGAUUGUUUAAGCAAUCCAUGUCACAGUGGAUGGUGUGAAGAACAGAUGACUAACUACACGUGUAAUUGUCCAUCAGGAUUCGUUGGACUACAUCGCGAAACGGAGAGUACCACAGCCACACCAGAAAGUAAAUCGCUGUCAACUCUACGAAAUGCUUCAGAUCGUCAAACUCAAAGUACGCCAGAGGCCACUACGCAAACUGUAACAGACAUGGCCACCUCGCCAGAUCGUCAAACUCAAAGUACGUCAGAGGCCACUACAUUAACUGUCACAGACAUGGCCAACUCGCCAGAACCUCAAAGUCAAAGUACAUUAGAAACCACUACGCAAAUUGUCACAGACAUAGCCACCUCGGCAGAUCGUCAAAGUCAAAGUACGUCAGAGGCAAUUACACAAACUGUCACAGACAAGGCCAACUCGACAGAGAACAAAUGUCAGUCGAGCCCCUGUCAGAAUGGAGGGAACUGCACGGAGACAACCCGAGGCUUCACGUGUACUUGCGGCUUCGAUUAUUACGGCCCGACAUGCUCAUGCAUGACAUUACACACACACGAUGUCGAGAAAACCAGACGAUAUACCUUCUUAGACCCAGCUUUGGAGAUAGCUGAGAAUGUGACGUCAUUUGAUUUUGAAGUCAGCGCAAAUAACGAUGUCCACGUCGGACUAUCACCUAUCAAUGCGGAGCAAGAAUCUAUGUAUGAAAUAGCUAUUGGUGGUUGGGGAAAUUCGGGUGGCAUAAUCCGUCGUGGUCUUUCCCAUUGGAACCCACCUGAUGCAACCAACAUUGUAAACUCAAUGAUGACCCUCUCCGGUAUCCCACGGUUUGACCACUACACGAUAUCCUUUGCAAUGGGACACAUCAAGCUGUAUCGCUAUGGUAAUGAAGAACCCCUGAUUGCGUUCAAUGACAGCAACCCUCUGAAUGUCAGCUAUGUCGGUUUCUGGACCGGAUUUGGCUCUGACGGAUACUGGAAAUUCCAAUCAUUUCCUCAAGAGCAUUGCCUCUUAUGGAGAUCUAUCUGAUACUGGCGUAAAUACGGCCCGAGCAUGAAAAUAAUAUAUUGUCCUGAAAAUUAACAUUGCGGGGGAAACCCCCAUACCUAAGGCUAUGUUUAUGGAGUAUAUAACUGUAUUACAUAAUCCUGUUAUCUUUCAGUUAAAGGGCUCUAAAGAUUUUUUUUCAUUGGCUAUAAUAAUGAAUAUGUUGUGUUAUAAACUAACUAAACUACAGUUAAUAUCCAAAUCCGAGCGAGCGAACAAUUUUUCAUUAGUUGGAAGACAUGAUGACCAAAAUGGUAUUCCAUUGGAUAAUAUGGCGAAUGAGCAUAGCGAGCAAGCAAAUUUUCAGUAGGUGGAAGAGAGAAUGUUGUUUAAUAAUCACAUCACGGAUUACAUGACUGUACGGGAUAUAUAACUGCGUGCACAAUACUACUAUCUUUCACUUGAAGGACUACCACAAUGAUGGUUAUAUUGUAAUAGAUUUGUUAUGACAUAAACUACUGAAUUACAGUUAGUAUCCAAAUGCGAGCAAGCGAAGCAAGCGAGUGAGCCUUGGAAGAUACAGAAACAGCAUGGUUAUCAAAUCGUCUUUCGUGGGAGUGUAAUUAUUGGAUACAUUGCGGCGUUGAGCGUAGAUAGCGAUCAUUUAAAAAGCUGUUUCAGUCGUUUAAAACAAUAUGCAUUUAAUACAGAGGAUAAUAGGGGUAUAUUAUCAAUAACGUAAACUUUCGAAUGCUAUGAACAGGAAAUAUAUAGACAAAGGCAUAAAGGGAUUUAAAUAGUCAAUUUUUGUUCAAUGAAAAUUCAUAUACUCAUUGGUCAAAGGUGAGAUGAGAAUACAACCAAAAUAGGAUCAUGACUAUCAGGAAUAAGGAUGCCAUAUGAAAUGAUCAUAGGCCAUCAGUGGGCACUUCUAAAAACGUGAAAAUAUCCCAAUGAUGGAUAUAAACAUGGAAAAUUUCGAAUAAUCUUUAAGAUUGUAUCGGGAGAUGAUGCAAGAUUGACAAUUUUGAGCAAAAUUCAUUUAUGAAAUAGUUAUUACAUUGUUAUGUUGAUUAAUGUGAUUUACAGUCCCCUAUGAAUGGAUACAAUUGUAAAGAUGAAUGUUCCAUUAACGGCAUUAGUUUGAUCAAUGCCAUCAGUAAGUCAUCGUGUACUUUUGAAUAAUACGUGUACGUAGGCCAAAUAUUUUCUUAGACGACCCCCUCCCAUAUUCACGAAAGUGUAUUUGAAGGAUGUUUAAUUCGUUUAUGAUAAUAGAUAUAUUCAUAUUUGAAAGUCAUUGGAAUCACAUAUUCAUAAAUUAACUUAUUAUAACUAAACAUUCAUGAUGUAGUGGAUAUAACAUUUGCAUAAGCUAAACGUACAGUCUAAAAACAAAUCAGUCAAAAGU